AGCUUGGAUUUGAAACCAAAAUAUGAAAUAGGUGAAAAAUUACUUUGUUUCCAUGGGCCUCUUAUGUAUGAGGCGAAAUGUCUAGACGUCAAAGUGAAAGAAGAUGGUGUAAUGUAUUUUGUGCAUUACCAAGGUUGGAAUAAAAACUGGGAUGAAUGGGUGACAGAGAAACGUAUGUUCAAGUAUAAUGAAGAGGGUUUGAGGAAACAAAAAGAAUUAGAGCGACAAAUAAAAUCGGGCAAGGUUAAAGUUUUGAGGAAGUCCGACUUAAAGUCACAGUCAUUGCCACCUCCAGAAGUCCUGGAGGACGUGGAACGGACAUUGAAGCCUGGUCAAGUGAAACAAGGUGAGAUAUUACCCGGUUGUAUACUAAGUGGCGCUAUAGAGGAAGAUGCUCCUAAGGCCAAGAGCGUAAAGACCAACAAAGAAACCAACGGGAAAACUGAUACUCGUGUACCUGCUGAUUUGAAAGAGACUGAAGAUAUUAAACCACCCAUUAAGUGUUGUGAAGAUGCAAACACACCGUCUACUCAAUCUGUCACAGUAUCAAGUAGGAGAAGGAAAGGCCGAGUGUCAUCAGUGCUGAAGUCUCUUGAAAAUGAAGAUGGCCUUCUGUCUCAGCCUCGUUUAUCGAUGUCACUGCCUCUAUCUUUGAAAUCUUGGCUUAUCGAUGACUGGGAUUUGAUUACUCGUCAAGCUCGGCUUUAUGAACUGCCUGCCUCUCAGCCAAUAUGUAAUGUUUUAUCAGACUUCUUAGAAGCUUCUGAGGCUGAAAUUAGUCAGAAGUCAGAAUCAACUGGUGAAAUAAAAGAAGACUGCACUUCUUCUGAACCUGAGAACUCUCAGCUGACUACUACUACUACUACUAAGUUGCCAAUAAAUCCGCGUGUACGGCGUGAAUUUGUUGUUGGAAUUCAGCAUUUUUUCAAUCUUACUAUUGGUUCUCAUCUUUUAUACAAAUUUGAACGAUUACAAUAUGCUGAGCUAUUGAAACAUCAUAGAGAUAAGAGAAUGUCAGAUAUUUAUGGUUCAAUUCAUUUGUUGAGGUUGUUUGGUAAGUCUUAAUGUUCCCUCCUUUAUGAUGUGUAAAACUUGCGCACUAUGAUGGUGGUGAUAGUAAGAAAUUCCAUAUUAGUUUGUUUAUUAGAUGUAUCACAUAGUCAGCGAAACAGUACUUAUAUUUACUGGGUGACGAGGUUUCGAAGGCAAUUCAUUAUUGUUCAUAAUCAUUUCAUCAAUUAUAAUCACACGACUUUGAUACUUGAGUUUUAAAGUUUUCUUCGUCCUCUCCUAUUUGUCGUCGUCAUUGGGGUAGUAGAAUUUUCCAGAUAUCUGUGUGGACAGGUGUUGAAUCAUUCCUAUUACACGUGUUUGCAGUUGAUUCGAUAAACCACCCAGUCGGUGGGUGCAUGCUGCUAAAAAGUAUUUUAGUUGAUGAAAUCCUCCAUGCAAUCAAACACAAAUCCCUACAAAACCAAUACUUGAAAAUUAAUCUGAUGCUCACUAGCGACUGACCCUAUGCAGUUAGGCAGUUAGGCACCUGGGGUUCUGGUGGGAAGCCGUGACUAGUAGGGUACAGCAGGUUGAAGUUGAGGCAGUAACUCACUCAUCGAAGAAGAUGACAUUGCUAAAUGGUCGCGCUAUGUUGUGCGUGAAUUGGCAGAAGUUAGAAUUCAAGGACCAUUGGAUCGGGUUCCAGUGGCUCAAUGGUCUGCGAGCUAGCUAGCUAGCUUGCCUUGUAAUCAGAGGGUCCUGGGUUCGAACCCCGUCAGUAGGGUGGGUGCGUACUGCUGAAUAGCCAAUCCAAAACUGGGACGGGGGAAACAGCUGUCUGGCAGUACUCCCUGGUUGGUUUUCCAAUGGUUCUCACUAACUUAUGUCAGCUCAUGAUAAAUGAAAUCCUCCAUGCAAAUAACAGGUAUGUACAUAGUUUUCAAGCUCAUACAACAUACAUACAACAAUUCAUGUGAAUUAUUGAACCUAAAAAAUGUCUGUCUUUUGAAACAUUUUUACUGUUUAUAGUUAAACUCCGAGAUAUGGUUUCA